AUGAAACAACAACAAUUGAGAGAACGUAAAGAAGUUUUACCAAUUGCCAAGAAAUUGUACAAAGUAAGUAAUCUAACAUGGAAUAAGUUAGCCAAAAAUAAUCCUAAUUUUAUUUUUGUAGUUCGUCAAUCUUCCAAAUGCAAUGAAUUGGAGAGUUGAACCAAAUGAAUGUUUGGCACACGGAAGAAUCGCUUCUUAUACUCGAACAAAAAACCGUUUCUUUCCUGAUAAUCUGACUUGUCUUAAAAUGCGUUUGGCUACAGUAACCUGUCAUGGUUUUUUGAUUUUGUAUGAAAAAUCUGAUCGUGGAAUUGUUGUGGAUUUACGAAAAGCUCGUGCAAUUUUGACAAAUUGUGAUACUUUCAAAGGAGAUCGAUUGACUUAUAAAAGAUGUCAUAUUAAGAUUCGAUUGGAUUUUGGAAAUGUUCAUUUAUUUGUGAAAGAUGACUCGAUUUCAAAAUGGACAUCUGCUAUUAUAACAUCACAUUCGAAUAUUAAAAAAGGAUUGGUUAUUAAAAAGGAAACGGUUCCUGUUCUAGAAAAUAUUGCUAUUUCUGAUACUGAAGAAAUCAACAAUUCAGUUUCAUCAAAUUCUGGAAUAAUAACAGUUAUCGAAAAUCCAAAAAUCAAUCAAAUUCCUUCAAUUCGUCACGGUCAUUCAUCAGUUGCAUCGAUUUGUAAAAAAUUAGAAAGCGAACUUGCAAUGAAAUCACCAGAAGAUCAGCCAUCACUUCAAAAUACAAAACAUUUUGUUUCUUCGGUCGUUUAUGAACCAGAAAAAGAGCAAAAAAGUCAGAUUGAAAUCAAGGAAAGUGCGGUAUUUGUUUUGCCAUCAUUUGAAGAAGAAAAUGGACAAGGAACAUCGAAAGCAUGGUGGUUGAGAUCUCUCCGAUGCUAA